AUGAACGACACAAAUCAGACUUUUGAAAUUUUCAAACGCUUCGACAUCACGCAACAACCAAGUACUGGACAAAAUUUUGGCUUCUCAAAGGCUCUCAACGGUUUUCUCAUGAUGAUGACGCAGAACGGGAAACUUCUGUAUAUAUCGGAUAAUGCUGCAGAGUAUCUUGGGCAUUCUAUGGAGGAUCUAUUAAUUCAUGGAGACAGUGUAUAUGACGUGAUCGACAAACAGGACCAGCAAGCUGUGAGGACAGAAUUGUCAAGAGCGCCAUCUGAUGGUGAAGAUAGAGUCUUUCUUUGUCGGAUGAAUGUCGCCAGGAAUGCACGACGGCAGAUGCGAUUCGGAGAUCAAAAGGUUAGUUGA